CGAUAAUCGCCUUGUGCCAUCAACAUCCGCAAGUGUCAUCUCUAUCGUUCGGCUGUAUUGUUGUGUUUAUUUCACAAGUUUCCUGUUUUUUACCCCGUAAAUCCCUAUUAAAGGAUGCCCAAGGAAAAAUCCAAAUCCCGCCAUCGCAGCCGAAGUCGCGAAAGACGGGAACAUCGCAGUCCGGAUUCCAAAAGCAGCCGGAACAGGGAUAGAGAUCGUGAAAAGGAGCGUGAUCGCAGGGAAAAAGAUAAGGAGCGUGAUCGCAGGGAAAAGGAUAAGGAGCGCGACCGUCGAAGCGAAAAGGACAAGAGCCGGGACAAGAAGCGGGAGCACAAGAGCAGGAGGCACAGGUCUUCCUCCUGCAGCUCCUCCUCCUCAAGUUCUGAAUCCGCGCCCGGUGGUCCUCGUUCUCCGCUAGCCAAGAGUUCGAUGAAGUUGCUGCAAACCCUUGAAGCUCGUCGCCUUGUCGAGCAAAAGGAUCGCCAGCGGAAAAAGGACGAACUAAAAGCCCAGGAAACGCCCGAGGAGAAGCGAGCUCGCCGUCUACGCGAGAAGCAGGCCAAGGAGCAGAGGCGACGCGAGCGGAUGGGCUGGGACAACGAAUACCAGACCUACUCAAACGAAGACAACCCCUUCGGCGACUCCAAUCUCACCUCCACAUUCCACUGGGGCAAAAAGCUGGAGGUGGAGGGACUCUCUAAUCUCUCCAGCAAAACCGUAGAGGUUCUUUCGCUGCAAAAGCAAUUGGAGAACCGCCGGGAACUGGAGAAAGUUAAGAAACGUCGGCAAGAAAGGGAACUGGAGAGGCAGGUGCGCGAGGAUGAUCUCAUGAUGCAGCAGCGCGCCAAGGAGGCUGUGCAGUUUCGCGAAUGGCAGCGUCAGGAGGAUCAGUUUCACCUGGAACAAGCUCGUCUGCGCAGUGAAAUCCGCAUCCGUGAUGGUAGAGCCAAGCCCAUCGAUCUCCUCGCUCAAUAUGUUGCCGCUGGAAAUGCUCCGCUCGAGGAAUCCCUCGAAAUGCAGAUGCACGAGCCCUAUGUCCUGCUGAAUGGCCUGCCCAUGGAGGAGCUGGAAGAUCUUCUGGUGGAUAUUAAGGUUUACGAAGAGUUGGAGCAGGGCAAGCACAUAGACUUUUGGAACGACAUGAUAACCAUUGUGCAGGACGAGCUGCAGCGACAACAGAAGCUGCAGUCGGAGAGCAGCUCGCUGAAUCAGCGCCGCGAUGGCAUCCACCAGGCGGUGGUCAAGGAUGUGGCGGAUAUCUUCAGGGGCAAGAAUGCUCAGCAGCUGGAGGAGAUGCGGCAGCGCAUCGAGGCCAAGAUCAGUGGGCGGGCGGAUGGCGUGGACAUCAGCUACUGGGAGAGCUUGCUGUCGCAACUCAAGGCGCACAUGGCCAGAGCUCGACUGCGGGAUCGUCAUCAGGCCUUGUUGCGGGAGAAGCUGCUGCUGCUCAAGCGGGAAAAUGACGACGAAGCGUUGCAGGAGGAGAUGGCACCACCACAAGUCAAGGAAGAGGAGAUGGACACGCAGGAACCAGAGGAGCCCGAAGAUGAGGAGGGUGUACCCAAUGAGGAGGAGGAGGAUCCCCUCAAGGAACUCCGCGAGGCAGUGCGCCUCUACCAGGCGGGAAACUAUAGUCCACGCUACAUACGCGAGGAGGAUUUCACAGGGAGAAGAGUGCAAAACGAAGACGACGAUGACACGGAGGCAGAGGGUGCCCUCUACGAGGAGGAGGAUGACGAGCGGCGAACCCACCGACAACGACUGCUCAUUUUGCACCCGGAACGCGUGGACGCCAAUCAGCUGACGCCACAGGAGCUGCGCAUGCGCAAUGAAGCGAGGCAGGGAAUGCAGGGCGACGAGGCGGAGUUCAGUGUGGAGACCACUUUGGAUGCAGUGCCCCAGCUGGCCACCGAUAAGUACCGUCCUCGCAAGCCGCGCUACUUCAAUCGCGUGCACACUGGAUUCGAGUGGAACAAGUACAACCAGACGCAUUACGACAUGGACAAUCCGCCGCCCAAAAUCGUGCAGGGCUACAAGUUCAACAUAUUCUAUCCGGAUCUGAUGGACAAGUCGCAAACGCCGCAGUACUUCCUCACUCCCUGCGCUGACAACGGUGACUUUGCCGUUUUGAGGUUCCACACGGGACCGCCGUACGAGGAUAUAGCCUUCAAGAUCGUCAAUCGGGAGUGGGAGUUCAGCUACAAGCGGGGAUUCCGCUGUCAGUUCCACAACAACAUCUUCCAGCUGUGGUUCCAUUUCAAGCGAUAUCGCUACAGGCGGUAAAAGAUGUGGACCCCCUGGAUCACCUUUUUUUGUAGUCCUAUUUUUUGUCCAAAUAAAGUGUAAGAACCGACGUUUUUUUAAAGAUUCGUUCGUGUAACAUUGAA